AUGUUUUUGUUGCUAAGGUCAGUUCUUCUUGUAAACGUGUUCUACGCUCAGUGGAGAAUUGUGAAUUCAAUGCAGAGCCAGUUAUGCGUGCCCAUCAGAAUGGAUCAUGUAAAGAACAGUUUAGUCGAUGAUGAGGACAGUAUUUUGCCGCGCAAGGCUGUAUUUAAAAUAAGUGCGUUUGAACAAGAUUUUGUACUCGAAUUGAGGUCGGACUCCAGCUUCAUUGCUCCAGGUUUCUCAGCGCGCACAGACUCAGCUGCGCACAAUUCCGCGCACGGUGAAGAUCUGAGCCGGUGUUUUUAUGCCGGUGAGGUGAAUUCUGAUCCCUAUUCCUACGCUGCGCUCAGCUUGUGCAAGGGUCUCCAGGGCGCAUUCGGAUACGACGGCUGGGAAUAUUUCAUCAAGCCGGCUUCUAACAAUACCGACCGGGACAACGAAGCCGCGCAUCUCAUCAGACGCAGAUCUAACGCCGAUCUGAGUGGAAACUCCACGUCAAGGUGCGGCGUGGACAGCAAUGCGACUCAAACCGUUGCACAGUCCCUAGCGAAGUUUAAGCACCUGAAGGAACAACACAUGAAUAACGUCACUAUGUCAUUUCUGAGAAACCGCUCGAAAAGAUUCGUCUCCAUUCCGCGUUAUGUAGAGACAUUAGUGGUGGCCGAUGAAUCCAUGGCCAAAUUCCACGGUGACGACCUCAAGCAUUAUGUGCUGACCUUAAUGUCUGUGGCGGCGAAGCUUUACAAGCACCCCACCAUUCUCAACUCCAUCAACAUCGUGGUUGUCAAGUUUAUGGUGAUUAACGAGGAAGAGAAAGGACCCAAGGUUUCCGGGAACGCGGCGAUGACCCUGCGUAACUUCUGCACCUGGCAGAAGAAGCUGAACAAAAACAAUGACAAGCAUCCGGAGUACUGGGAUACGGCGAUCCUCUUCACUAAACAGGACCUGUGCGGAUCCUCGACGUGUGACACACUGGGUAUGGCAGAUGUUGGCACCAUGUGUGAUCCCAAGAGAAGCUGUUCUGUGAUUGAGGAUGAUGGCUUGCCAUCUGCCUUCACUACUGCCCAUGAGCUUGGACAUGUCUUCAAUAUGCCGCAUGAUAAUGUUAAGGCAUGUGAGGAGGUUUUUGGAAAGCUGCAGGACAAUCACAUGAUGUCCCCUACUCUAAUCCGAAUCAAUCGCACCAGUCCAUGGUCCCCAUGCAGUGCUGCCAUUAUCACAGACUACCUGGACAGUGGACAUGGUGAUUGUCUGCUGGAUCAACCAGAGAAACCACUGGCUCUUCCAGACGUGCUUCCUGGUGCAUCGUAUGGUUUAGAGCGGCAAUGUGAACUUGCCUUCGGUGCUGGAUCAAAGCCAUGCCCAUUCAUGCAGGCACCAUGUCAGCGCUUAUGGUGUACAGGGAAAACCCGCGGACAACUAGUGUGCCAGACUCGACACUUUCCAUGGGCAGAUGGAACCAGCUGUGGGGACGGACAGCUCUGUAUGCGUGGAACAUGCAUAGACAAACAGGAGCUCCUCAAAACUAAGGUGGAUGGCAAAUGGGGUAAAUGGGGGCCAUUUGGUAGCUGCUCCAGAACUUGUGGAGGAGGAGUUCAGCUGUCGAAGAGAGAGUGUGACAAUCCUGUGCCAGUCAAUGGAGGGAAAUACUGCCAGGGAGUGAGGGUCAAAUACCGCUCUUGCAACCUUUCACCAUGCCCUGACACAGGCAAGAGCUAUCGUGAGGAGCAGUGUGAGGCUUACAAUGGGUUCAGUCUGAACACUAACCGGCUUACCUCUUCUGUGGUGUGGGUGCCCAAAUAUUCUGGUGUUUCGGCCAAAGAUAUGUGCAAGUUGAUCUGCAGGGCAAACGGAACGGGCUAUUUCUACGUUCUUGCACCCAAGGUUGUUGACGGUACACCUUGUUCUCCUGACUCCUCAUCAGUCUGCGUCCAAGGUAAAUGCAUCAAGGCAGGCUGUGAUGGAAAACUGGGAUCCAACAAAAAGUCUGACAAGUGCGGUGUCUGUGGAGGAGAUAACAAGAACUGCAAGAAGGUUUCAGGCCUUUUCACCAAGCCUAUGCAUGGUUACAAUUUUGUGGUCAUGCUUCCCAUGGGAUCCUCCAACAUCGACAUUAGGCAGCGUGGCUACAAGGGCAUCACAAGCGAUGACAACUAUCUUGCUGUCAAAAACAACCAGGGCAAAUACUUGCUGAAUGGAAACUAUGUAGUUUCAGCCAUGGAGAAGGAUAUCCUGGUGAAGGGGAGUCUGCUGCGCUAUAGUGGAACGGUUGGGUCUUCAGAAACUCUACAGGCUGUGAAGCCUCUGGGUGAAGCUCUGAUAAUUGAAGUGCUUUCUGUGGGCCAGAUGACACCACCACGUAUCCGCUAUUCUUUCUACUUGCCACGGGAGAGCAAAGAUAACAAGGCACAAAAGAAAGAAGAAAAAGCACGUGCAGAAAACAGCAUUCUUAGGGAAGAAGGUGGAGUCAAUAAAGGUGGAAAAGAAGCAGAUAUUCUCAAGGACAAAAUCGCACCUGCAUAUGUUAAAGACAUCGCAUCAAAACCAGGGAAGUGGGUGGCAGCAGGGUGGGAUGUCUGUUCGGUUACUUGCGGUAAUGGACUCCAGAGGAGAAUGGUGCAAUGUCUUGGGGGAGAUGGUGGGCCUGGGGUGGACUGCGAGCCUAGCCAAAAACCGAGUGCUAUUCAGGCAUGCGGAGACCCUUGUCCUAUGUGGGAUGUGGGCGACUGGUCCCCCUGCUCCAAGACCUGUGGGAAGGGCUUCAAACGGCGACUGCUUCGCUGCAUUACAACUGUGGGGAAGUUGCUUCCCAGGGAGAAGUGUGUGGACAAGAAGAAGCCACAGGAGCUGGACUUCUGUUCAUUAGCACCUUGUAAAUAA